UAUUGAUCACAAAGUCUUUUAUUGGUCAAGAAACGUCGAUACACUCUUAAUCCAAUUCGCGUACAAUAUUACUUAUUCAUCGCCUACACAGACCGACAAAAACCAAUAGAGACGCGAGUAUUAAAUGCAAUUUGUAUCGAUACUACAAUUAUCAUUGUCUUGUCUGCACCUGUAAGUUUUUUCUCAUUUGCGUAUUGCGUAGUUCCGGAGCAAUGACCCACAUUUUAUGCCGAUUAAUUCACAAUCCUGUGUACGAGGAAAACUCGUGGCAUAUGUAUUAUAGAUACCCGACAAAUGAUGCGAAUAAGUACAGAUAAAAGAAAGUGAAAAAGUUUAUUAUGAAGUAGUUUUAGACAAGUUGUCCGUUGUCAGAUUCUAAAAGUUUCGAAACCUUCAGUUCAACGCUAUAAGAAGAAAAGCCGGCAGAGACGACGAUUGGUCAAGAAGCGUUCGAUGCCAUAAGUAAUCGGGCUUCUUUGAUUCGCUGUUCCAAUUUCGAGUAGUCCGCAUAAUCGAGCGCGACUGUUUUUGUUUUACGCAAUUUUAUGCUCUGGUUUUUUUUUUGUAGCUCUGACGGAAAAUAUAGAAAGUAUAAACAGGAGCCAAAAAAAAAAACGAGCGCAGCUCUCAAUGCGCACGCUUUUUUACAAGAAUUAUUUUAAGCUCAUUAUUCGAAGCAAAAUUAAAAUUUUACGCGGCAAAAACAGGAGCAGGUGUGGCGAUGACUAAAAUGGAUUAUUCAACGUAGCUAAUGAAAUUUUUUCUCCUCAGAAAUCAGAUAGUCGUAGUCUGCACUGAGGUUCUACGAAAAGCACAUCAAAAACAUAAGCUGCAGCAUAUUGAAUACGUUUAGCCUCGUAUACUACCCAUAAUCCGAAUGUUCUCUUUAUUAAUAAGCGAUUGCGGUGGACUUAAGUAAUGGGCUUUAUUACCGAAAGAUUUCCAAGCGACCGUCGAAUAAUUCCGUUCGAAAAACAAGUUACAAGUAUAGCUACCCCGAACAAGUGUCAACAUUGUCCAUUCUUCUACUACAACUCAUCAGCAUUGUAUGUUUUCCCAAUCGCUACUAUUCCGCAUUCGCUUCUCGAACCUCGAACGCUUAUCGAAUGAUUAAAAGCAGCGGAUGGUUUUCAAUGUUAUUACGAAAACGUAAACAUCGCGUGCACAGCGAGCGAGCGCAGAGUCGUUAAAAGAAAAAAUCAACGGCGUCGCAUCCCCGACUCUAUUUAAAGCGCCGUGCACGCAUCGCGUAUAUAGAGUGGACGUUGCUGCGACUCGCGCUGCCUAGCAUUUAAAUGCCACAGUCGCGCUGAGCGCGGAGUCCACCUCUCCGCGCACGCACGUCCGUUCGAGGUCACGUGACCCGAAGUGACAGUCAAAAAAUCCUCUCCUCGCUCGCGCAUAACAGUCGGCUCGGCGGCACACAACACACACAUCGCCGCGAGUACAGUGCAUUCUCAUCUCUCUCUCUCUCUCUCUCCCUCUCUCUCUCUCUCUCUCUCUCUUUCUCUCUCUCUCUUCUCUCCCCUGCAGAGAGAGAGAGAGAGCAGCCCAUCUGCAGCAGCAGUAAGCAACUACCUACAUAAACACAAAGGGGCGACGCUGCGCGUGUGUGCGCUAUAGCGAGAAGAGCGAGCGAGCUUCCGGGAGCAGCUGCAGCUCGACGACCGCCGCAAGAGCGAAAGAGAGAGAGAGAAAAACUGUGGGGCAUCGACGCCAAGCCCCGAGACUACUUACGCGUUUUCACGUGCUGCAGCUCUCGAGCUUAUACGGAGGAGUGUGUGUAGUGUAUAGAGGAGGAAAAAAGAGAGCCGAGACUCGAGAGAGCGCAGCGCAGCUGCAACACAUAUACUCUCCGCUGUCGUCAACGGCGGCGGUACAUACACACUCUGCCAUUGCAGAGCGACUCGCGCACAGUGCAGUGCUGCAGCAGCGGAGGAGGCGAAUAAAGAAUCGUCGGGUGUCAGAAGCGCACAGCGAAUAAUAUUUCUCGAUAUCGACUGGGGACAGUGCACCUGAGAGCCUGUGCGGACACUGCGGGUAUAUAUACCUAUAGCUGCCUUCUCUGUGCGCGUUCGUCUGUGAAUAUACCCCCAUCCAUUGUUGCAGGCCUUUGUUUCGUUCGUCCGCGCGCGUUGCAAAACAAAAAAAAAAGAAGAAGCCGCUGUCGUCUCGGUCAUGUGCGUGACGCCGCUCCAGGACUGCUGCCGCCACCGCUGCUGCUGUCGUCUGUCGUCGUCCACGGUGCAGCUGUGCAGCCACAACAACAACAACAAUAACAAGACGCUGAAGCGCUGCAGUAGCAGUAGUAGCGCUUACUCCAAGUCCCUGGACUCGUGCUAACUCGUCGCCUAUCUCUCUCUCUCUCUUUCUCUCCUGUCCUCGGGGAAGAGGAGCAUGACGCUGAGUAGCCCGCGUUAAUUAAUUUAGACGCGCUUAAUGCCGAGCGCGCGCGCGAUGACUAAGACGUCGACGAGAAUUUGAAAUUCAAUUUUGCCGAGACGACGCGCACGUAUAUAGCUUACAGCCAAGACUUGAUACUUAUACUUCGUAUACCCGGUCGCCUGCUCUCUCUCUCUCUCUCUCACUUUCUGUGGUUAACAUGCGGAUUUUAUGCUGCCAGUGUUGUUGAGUGCGCGCUGAAGACGUCACCCUGGUUAUCAGUGGCUGCGAGGGGAUAGAGAAGAGGAUCAUGACAGUGGAGAAUGCUGGUGCCGAGAGAGUUAUGCCAGUUCACCAGAUCAAUGUCAAUCCCCCCGAUUGGCAACCAUCUCAGUCGCUUGGCUCGGCUAACAGUCCCAACAGCCCGACUACUGGAGAGCAGCAGCUGCCAGAAUGGACACCCAGGGAACCAGCAUAUGCACCUGUUGUAACAGUGAUCCCGGAUCACUGUCACUCAUCAGUGAGUACAUUGUCAUCAAGCAAUCAUGACAUAUGCCGGAUCUGUCACUGUGAAGGCGAGGUUGGUGCUCCUCUUCUGGCCCCUUGCUACUGCAGUGGCAGUCUACGCUAUGUUCAUCAGGCUUGUCUUCAACAAUGGAUAAAAGCAUCUGACACUCGGGCCUGCGAAUUAUGUAAAUUUACAUUCAUAAUGCAUGCAAAGACAAAGCCAUUCUCUGAGUGGGAGAAAUUGGAAAUGUCAGCACCGGAGGUUCGUAAACUAUGGUGUGCAGUCGCAUUUCAUGCAGUUGCUGCGCUAUGUGUUGCUUGGUCUUUAUACGUAUUGGUGGAGCGGACUGUUGAAGAAGCUCGCAGAGGAUUUGUCGACUGGGGUUUCUGGAUGAAACUAAUUAUUGUUGUGAUAGGUUCUACAGGAGGGCUAGUCUUUAUGUAUAUUCAAUGUAAAACUUAUAUUAUGCUGUGCAGAAGAUGGAGAGCAUUCAAUAGAGUGAUAUUCAUUCAAAACGCUCCUGAAAAAGUGGUGCUUCCACCUUCACCCACGGACUCACUUCGCGAAGUGACAGUGCCCUUGAAGGAUCCAACUGCCUCGAUGCCCGAGCUAAAUCGAAGCCUUUUACCUCGAUCCGUCGAACCACCUUGCGCCUCUCAAACUGUCAAGCCGGACUCUGCCUCGAUUUCGCAGAGACACGACGCUCAACUCAAGCUUUACGUAUUCGACAAGCUUUCCUCGUCUGAAGACAAUUUGUAAUAUAAGUAAAACGAAGGGGAAAGAUACCGCGGUCGACGAAUACAUUUAAAAAAGACGAGAGAGAGAGAGAGAGAGAGAGAGAUGUAAGACAACACUUGAUUAAUGAACAAAGACGGAUAAGCCAUCGUUACAGUGAUAAUAUCUAAAAUCCAUCCCCGGACAAAAACAAUAUUUGCUUUGAAAUCUAAUUCUCGAGUGCUCUGAUUUCGAUGACGACAGCGCGUAUAGUGUGGGAGCAUCAAGCGAAGAUUCUUUCUUCGGAUAAUCAAAGAGUGGAAAUUCAAAGAGUAUUUUUUUGAUGAAAAAUAAAAAUUACUACUAAGCAAAAUAGAUCAGUGCCAUUUCGCAAUCUUUGAUAAAUUAGAAGUUAUGAGACAAAAAUAAUGGAAAAAACUAAAAUGAAAUAUUGGAAAUUUUUACAGCCUCAGACAAGGUUGAGUAUUUCACCGUAAUAAUUCACAGACACGGUUCUCUUAAAGCUUAUCGCUUUGGAUUUCCUCUUUUUAAUUAUUGUAUAUACAUAAUUGUAUCUGUGAUGUUAUUAAAUAAACUUUACCAUAUUUAAAACAACAUAAAGUAUGUAUUUAAAUAUAUAUUGGAAAUACGAAAUUCUUCCUUGCUGUAACAUUUUAAUACUAAUCACUGUACAAUUUUUAAACAUAAAAUGAGAAAAAAAGUAUUUAGCAUGGAAAGUAAUGGUUUACAAAUUUUUUUAUGACAUGAAUUAGUGACACAUCAGUUAAAUUUAAGAAAGUUUAAAAUAGCAUGUAGCAGAACAAAUUUAAAACAUAGCUUUGACAAGGAAAAUCGAAAAAAAUAAAUUGAUAAAAUUAUUCUAAAAUUGAUGUAUUUUGUAUUUUUUUGUAUGCUUAAAGAUACAUGUAAUUUGUACAAUGUAUCGGAUUUAAUGCUAAGGAGUACAGACGUUGCUGACAGCUAAAAUUUUUAAUAUUUUUAAUUUUCUUAAAAAUAUUAUAUGCCGAUAAAUGUAAUUUAUGCUUAAUAAACUUGAGUCUGAUAAAGAACAA